GACGAAGCCAUACAAUGUGUGGAAAACGCCAGGUGGUUCGAUUUGGUGUCACUUAUGCUAACCUCAGCUGAUGUGAUACUAUAAAAGGUUUCAGACAAAGAUCUUGAGUGCAUCUUCACUGUCAUCUGCAAUGUUGUUACAAAUUCUGAUUCUCUAGAUGAAGUAUGUCAAAUGGCAGAACUUAUAUCUGGAAAGGUUACACAGCAACCAAAUGACAAACCUGCAUCGCGCUUAAAGAUUUUGUUCAAUCUGUACAACCUACUGGAGGACCCAUGUAGUCGGUUCUCUGUUUACUUGAGCGCUCUAAAUUUGGCCAUCAAUGGAAAGGUCACUGAGCAUGUCCUCCCUUCAUUCAAACAGAUAGAUAGUUUCUUGAAGGGGUGGAAUAUUGGGGUCUUGGACCAGAGGCAGCUAUUUCUUACCAUAUCUAAUGUUUUAAAAGAACGUAAAAGCUUGGCAAAGGAGUCUUUCAAGUUCCUAACUAAGUACAUGGCAACAUUAUCUGGCGAAGAUGCACCUGUUUUGGGCCAAGCCAAGGAUGAGGCUGUUUGCACAAUUGUGGAAUUUGUGAAGACACCAGACAUGUUUCAGCUUAUUGUAAUGUCUUGUGGAAUUUCAAAGAUGUUGCAUAGCACUUUCGUAGUCUUAUUUCUACUUUGUGCGUGUUCAUCCUAGUUGCUUGUAUUUUUUUUUCUUUCGUUUUUUUUUUUUUUUUUUGAAUAUAUUCCAAUUUUAUGAGGUAGACUAAGGCUACCAACAUAAGCAGUUCAAAAUUGAUUUUGAGCCAUUUACGUACCAGUAGUAUGCAAGAAACUACGCUGACCGCAAUGGCAAGCAUAUGGGUCGACUUCUUGUUGGGAUUGUUGGGGCUUGACUGCAUCGCCUUUGGUGGUGGAGAUGGGUUCGGCCCAGCUAAACUACCAUUUGAGUUGUUUAGUUGGAUGAUUUCUAGCCCGUUCAAGAUGCCAUCGUUGUGCUUAGUAUACCUAUCAUGCUUGAGCGCUGAGAAUUCUAGAAAGAGGUUAACUUUCUUCUGGCUUCCAACCGGAUUCAUGACCAUUCCGACAACGUAGUCUCUGUAAACUGGAUUCCCAUUUGCUCCACUCCAUCCGAUGACAUCUGCAAGUUCUUCUGCUGUUUGA